UCCAAACUUCAGGUGAAACAUCAAUUGUUCCUUCGAAUCUUUCAUUUCUGCGGACCACAUGGAAAAAGAUUCCUUUCUUCAGGUUGUUAGAGAAUGAGAAACAUUCCAAAAAGGGGGGUCCGCCUCGUUUUUCAUUUUUUGGAACGUCCUCACAGCGAGCGAACACCUCCUGAAAAUCGCUGACGCAAACCUUAAAUUAACCGCGUAGGACGAAAGUCGGUUUUUGUGGUGUCGGUGGCUUAUUCGACAGUACCGACGGCUCGGUCGUUCGAGCCGGGUACUUUAUCCAAUGCAAAUUAAGAAUUCGAACGAGUGUGUUGUUUAGAAUUAAUUUAGAAAUAGUUUGUAAACUUGUUGAUUGGCGAAAAUGUGUUCCGGGAUUAUUGAUGUCAACCUCAACAGGGAUGCACCGUCCACCCCAUGGGGAUUCAGACUGCAUGGAGGAAAGGACAUUGGUUUUCCAUUGGUCAUUCAACGAGUGUUUAUGGGUAGUCCAUCGGAUGGGGAACUUCAACGAGGGGACACCAUUCUUCAAGUCCAAGGCAGAGACACUGCGGACUUGACUCACAUGGAAGCCCACGACAUCAUUAAAGCUGCUGGCGUUCGAUUGCAGCUCCUCAUUAGAAGGUUACCUGGAGCACCACAAACACCGACGACACCGAUAAGUCCUUUGCCCACAGUCGACGGAAUGCAUCCGUAUGCGAAGCUUUUGCGAGAAACCGAAUCGUCCCGAACGCUUCCGAAAGCAGCACCGAUGUUUCAGCCGAUGUCCCCACCGAGGUACACUCCACAGCCAGCAAGGACGACACCAACACCAGCUAAAACCUACUGCUUUUCUCCACUGCCAACUACUCCAAUCCUAGAUCCUACUCCUAUAGGAGGAUUUUUCCCAACUCCUAAGAGUCAAGCGGAUGCUGAGUUUUUAGAUUAUAAAAUAGAAAAAUAUAAAGAAAAAGAUGCCAUAGUUAAUCAAGGCUAUAGAACAUUACCCUUAAUAGCACCUGGGCCUAAAACAAGGCAUGAUAUACCAAUGGGUUCAUAUUUAAGGCACGUGCAUGACCCAAAUUGGAAAGGAAGGUCUACUAUUCAACCUACUACCCCAAAAUUCGGGCUUCUUCCUACACCAACGUAUUCUUCCAUAGGCCAUUACAGUAGACGACCACAAGCACCAACUCCUCACCCAGGAGCUCUUAAUUUCGAACGCAAUCUUAACGAAUCUGCUCAGCUUGUCCACCACCAAUAUAAUUCUCCAAUGUUCCUCUAUUCUCAGAAAAAUAUCGAUGAAACGAUCAAAGAUCAGACUGGCGUAGCACCUGCAAAACCGCCACGACUAGCUGUAAACAAUGCAAUCCCAGCUAACCAGUCCGGGCCUUUAUCUCCUGGAACACCCGGAACUCUGGCUCCCGCUAGACCUGGAACCAAAUUAGCCAACAUUGUGGACAUAACGUUAUCACCAACGUUCCAGAUGAUUCAUGAAGAAGAAAAAAGAUCUGCUAGUCCUUUGCCAGAAGUGAGAACUCCUACCUUGCCUCGUCGAGGACCGGGCCCUCAGCCUACUGGCCCAAGGCCCUUUGAACAAGAUAGGAAUAAUGCUUUUGGAAGUCCUAAGGAAAUAAUCCACCAAUCUGGAAGCUUUAAGACGCUGAUGUCUGCUAUGUAUGCGCAUCCGCCUGCUGCAGUUGAAACGGCAUGAUUCUUUUUCCUCUUUUGAGAUGUUUUUGUUGUUUUUAUUCAUACACAUGUUGUGCCUUAUGCUUCUUUGAAACUUGAAUCAAUAAAUAUGGCAGUGUAUAUUGAA